UCCCCUCUCGGGUUGGUUCGAGGUACCUGGCUGUGUGCUGGGAACGAUACCGUGGGAGGUGCCCAGCGAGCUCCCUGCAGCCUCUUGCUCAGCCCUUGCUGCGAAGCGGAACGAGAGCAUCAGUCGGUGCAGGGUUCAGUGAGGCUGGAACCUCUUCCUUCGGGCUGUGCGCCUGCAGCCGGCUCGGCGCAGGGCUGCAGGGCGUAGUGCGCCCCAGGACAGCACCAGCGUUGUGCUUCCCAACAGGCUCAGGGCCAGUGCGAAGUGAGACAACCUCAACUUCCUCCGGCAAAACCGCUCCCUUGGGCUCGUUGGUGAGGCUGUCAGUUCUCUGGGGCGUGAACACGCCGGGUGUAUGUACACAGAGGCCAUGAACCGAGGAGUAACCAGAUCCCACUCGGUGGAGUCUAGGAGCGGGUGCCACGUUCAGACUGCAGAGCAAACCAGACACUUGCCAUGCAUGCGAAUGUGUUUGACCAUAGUAUGCAGAUGAGCGUGUCAGAAACCCGAUGCUCUCCUUGGAGGAGGUGUAGCUUUGCAGGAGCCUGGGAGGCUUCAGUUCCAGCAGUGAGUGCAGGCUGACCGGGGUGAGAGGGAGGGAGGAGGUGGGGGAGAGAGACAGACACCCCCACAUGCAGCCAGACUACCGUACCUCAGCUGUGCUGUGGGCCUGGGAAUUGAAGCCUGUCUGGACAAAGAAGGAAGAGCAGCUGGAGAGCAAGUUGAAAAUCUUACUCAUUUCAAACCCAAGAGGUGCCUCACCUGCUUAGUCACCAUUCUGUCAUGGCUGCGAUUCCACCCAGCCCUCCCGGAGAGAUGAGUCAGUGGGGUUUGCGCCGAGGACACAGGCUGUCUGGCUUGCUCGGGGGACUGCGGGGAAGUCUCCGGCUCUGGAAGAGACAGGCGGCCCUGUGGGGUGGUCGCUGCUGGCUGAGCUGAAGGUGCUGCAUUUGUUGUUGGCUGUUGUGGGCAGAGGUAUGUCACCACGCCGAGUGCCAGCAGCUGAACCACAACAAUCCCUUGAACCUGUGUGAGGCCUGCGACCGCAAGUUCCACGGCAUCAUGCACUUCGACGGGCACAUCCGCUUCGACCUGCCCCCCCAAGGUUCCAUUCUGGCCCGGAACGUAUCCACGCGGUCAUGCCCCCCACGCACCAGCCCUGCCUCCGACGUGGAGGAGGAGGACGAAGGGCUAGUGGAUGGGAAAGGGGACAAGAAGAGCUCGGCGCUGAAGCUCCCCAAGAAGAAAGCCCGGCGCAGACACACGGAUGAUCCCAGUAAAGAGUGUUUCACCCUGAAGUUCGAUUUGAACGUGGACAUAGAAACAGAGAUCGUCCCGGCCAUGAAGAAGAAAUCCCUGGGGGAGGUGCUGCUGCCGGUGUUCGAGAGGAAAGGCAUUGAGCUGGCGAAGGUGGAUAUUUAUCUGGAUCAGUCCAACACGCCUCUGUCGCUCAGCUUUGAGGCGUACCGCUUCGGGGGACACUACCUGAGAGUGAAAGCCAAACCCGGCGAUGAGCUCAAGGUGGAGCAGGCCGUGAAAGACUUCAAAUCGCUGAGUCUGCCCAUCAUCCGCUCCUCAGGCUCCGCCUCCACCUUCCUCUUCACCCCCGCCGGGGAGAGACUGGACCAGUCGCCCUGCCGCCGGGAGAGCAUGGACGUCCUGGCCCCAGGGCGGAAGCGGAAGAACAUGAACGAGUUUCUGGGUGAUUCCAGCAUCCCGGGCCAGGACCCCCUGCAGCACUUCAGCUGCUCCCUGCCCAGCAACGGCAUCGAUACGUGGAAGAAUAGGGCUGCCAGUCGCUUCAGUGGCUUCUUUGGCUCCGGCGCGAGCACCGGCCCCUUCGGACGGGAGAUGGAUAAGAUGGAGCAGCUGGAGAGCAAGCUGCACAGCUACAGCAUCUUCGGCCUCCCCAAGCUCCCCCAGCAGCUCUGCUUUGACCAGGACUCCUGGGAGGAAGAGGAGGAUGACACCAGCCUGUGCCUGGAAGACAGCUGGCAGGAGAUCACCGAGGGCACGGAGGCCCUGACGCGCCGGCAGUGCCACCAGCAGGAGGCCGUCUGGGAGCUGCUGCACACAGAAGCCACCUACAUCCGGAAGCUGAAAGUGAUCACAGACCUCUUCCUCUGCUGCCUGCUGAACCUGCAGGAGUCAGGGCUGCUGUGUGAGGUGGAAGCCGAGCGUCUGUUCAGCAACAUCCAGGAGAUUAUCCAGCUGCACCGGGCCCUGUGGAGCGGCGUCAUGGCCCCCAUCCUGGAGAAGGCCAGGAAGAGCAAGGCGCUGCUGGACCCCGUGGACUUCCUAAAGGGAUUCAAAAUGUUUGGCUCCCUCUUCAAGCCCUACAUCCACUACUGCAUGGAGGAGGAGGGCUGCAUGGAGUACAUGCGCACGCUGCUGCGGGACAACGAGCUCUUCCGGCUCUACGUGACGUGGGCAGAGAAGCACAAGCAGUGCAACCGCCUGAAGCUCAGCGACAUGCUGGUGAAGCCGCACCAGCGCCUCACCAAGUAUCCGCUGCUGCUCAAGUCGGUGCUGAAGAAAACGGACGACCCUUGCACCCGGGACGCCAUCAUCACCAUGAUCAAUUCCGUGGAGCGGUUUAUCAACCACGUGAACUCGCGGAUGCGCCAGCGGCAGGAGCAGCAGAGGCUGGUGGCCAUCCUCAGCCGGAUUGACUCCUACGAGGUGGUGGACAGCAGCACGGAGGAGGUGGAUAAGCUCCUGAAGGAGUUCCUGCGCCUGGACCUGACGGCCCCCAUCCCGGGCACCUCCCCUGAGGACACGCGGCAGCUCCUCCUGGAGGGGAGCUUGAAAAUGAGGGAAGGUAAAGACAGCAAGAUGGACGUUUACUGCUUCCUCUUCACGGAUCUGUUCCUCAUCACCAAGCCGGUGAAGAAGGCUGAGCGCACCAAGGUCAUCCGGCAGCCGCUGCUCGUGGACAAGAUCAUCUGCCGGGAGCUCAAGGACCCCGGCUCCUUCCUCCUGAUCUAUCUCAACGAGCUGCGCAGCGCCGUGGGAGCCUACACCUUCCAGGCCAGCGGGCAGUCCCUGUGCCGCGGCUGGAUCGAGGCACUGUACAAUGCACAGAACCUCCUGCAGCGGCUGCGUCUCCAGGAGCGGCAGCGUAGCCAGCGGCAGCAUCUGCAGAGCCUGGAGGAGGGAGAGGACGGGGAGAGCGGGGCCUCGGCAGCCAGUUCACCCACCAUCCUGCGCAGGAGCAGGAACAGCCUGGACUCCCAGCAAUGCCCGUCCGACGGUUCCACGGAGACCAUCUCGGUGGUGGUGGUGGAUGCCAGCGAGGAGCUCUCCUUCCCGGACUUGGAAGUGGGGCCGUUCAGCUCGCAGUCGGACGAGACCUCCAUCAGCACCACUGCUUCAUCCAUCACCCCAACCCGGGAGCUGCUGGACGGGGGCGGGGAGCUUGCAGAGACACGCCCCACCCCCAGCUCCAAUUGCCUGACGCUGGAUUCCAGCGGCUGCAGGUCGGCGUCCAUUGACAGCGCCUACGGCACCCUCUCCCCCACCUCCAUCCAGGAGUUUGCUGAGGCGCAGCAGCUGGAGCCAGGGGCGGAGGAUGGGGGACCCCUGCACGGGCAGCGCGCCCCCUCGCCCAAGCUGCGCCGCAGGACGCCCGUGCAGCUCCUGCCCUGCAAGGUGAAAGCACUCAAGUCCAAGUCGGAGGCCAGCCUGCUGCAGCUGAUCCCAGCCUCACCCCCUCUCGCCCAGAGUAAGAGCCUCUGCAACCUCUUCACGGCUCCGGGCCAGGCCACGUUCCUGGCAGGCCCCAGCCAAGGACUUGCACGGCGUGAGGUCCCGGCUGGCUUCCAGAGGACUAGCAGGGCGGGUGCCCGGUCGGACUGCAGUAGCCUCGGCCUGAGCAUCUGCAGCAGCAGCAGCGGCGGCUCCUCGUCGGAGCUCUCCGAGCCCGAGGAGCUGGUGUGUGCCACUGGCUUUGCUUACCCAGCCGAGAGCAAGGUGACGUCCCCUGCUGCACCUGGGCAGGAAGCUCCCCAAGCAGGGCCUGAGGGGGCGUCUGCCCCGUCCCGGGCUCCCAGCACCGCCGUGACCGAGUGCUGCCAGGAGCUGCCCCUUGCCCACCGGACACUGUCAGACCCGCAAGCGGCCCAGCACCGCAAGCUGACCCUGGCUCAGCUGUACAGGAUCAGGACCACCUUGCUCCUCAACUCCACGCUGACGGCCUCGGAGGUCUGAGAGCUGCAGGAGGCUCCAGGAGAGGAGCAGUGCUGCCAGUUCCGCCAACCCCCGACGAUGGAGCACGAGCGCCCAGGGCCCUGGGAGAUGUUAGGCCCCGAAAGCAGCGGCCAGCAGUGUGUCAAGGCUGCGUGUGGGUGGGAGAGAGACAGGGCGCAGGCGUAUGGACAGAGGGAGGGGGUGUGUGCAUGGGUGGGUGCAUGUCUCUGUGGGGAGUGUG